UUCACUCAUUCGCGGAUGCCGCAUUUUGUCCUCGCAUCUUUACAAUAUUUACCUUUAUACCAUUCAUUCUGGUUAUGGUCGCUGACGUGUGCCGGAAGCUUGCUUGCGUUUCUCGUCGCCGUUGCCGGCGGUAUUCCGAUCUCAAUUUCCGACAUACGGAAAAUUAUUGAAGAAGACGAAUCGGAUCCGAUGCCGAGUCCGAAGAGUCAUCGGAAAGGAGGGACGGAGGAGAAGAAUAGGAAGGGAAGGUUAGCCGAGAAAGCGAUGUCCUUCAGCGGACAGAGCGGAGCCGGCAGCACGGCGGAAUUGCUGCACAGGCCGCGGACGGUCCCGGACUUACUCGCCGGCCGGAGAACCUCUUCAUCGCCGAAUUCGGUGCAGUUUCAGCCGAAGCUCACGAAGUUGCUGAUAAACGUGACGGUGCAACGGAGCACCGGCGCCUUGCACGUGCUGAUUUCGCCGGAGUCAACGGUGGAGGACCUAAUCGCCGCCGCUAUCCGGCAGUACGUGAAGGAAGGGCGGAGGCCGGUUCUCCCCUCCGGCAACGCCGCCGAUUACGGGCUCCAUUACUCGCAGUUUAGCUUAGAGAGUUUGGACAGGAAAGAGAAGCUGAAUAACUUGGGAUCACGGAACUUCUUCAUGUGCCCGGAGGUGGAAGCCGCCGGCCUGGAAACGACGUCGUCCUUAUCUGGCAGCUGCUCCAAGGAAGCUAGCAUUAAUCCAGCGACGAAAGUUGGAUUGUCCUGGUUCAAAUUCAUGCUCUGAAAUCUAAGAGUUAAAAACCAGCAGGCUUGUAUAUAUACAUACACAAGAAAGUAUAGAUUAGUGUUCCAUGGCUACUCUGACCAUGAAAUCAAUUGCUCUUCCUUCGUUUCACAGUUACGAGGUUUGGUAUGGCUCUUUGAUUUUGUGACACUGGAAUUUAGGUUCAAGUUCCAACCAAUUGCAUAUUGUGGUCAUAUGUGAAUAUUGUAAAUUUCUUUUUUACAAUAUAUGCAUUUAACUUAGAAAAAAUUCUCUUAAG